UUUUCAAGGACCAAGAUCGAACGUCCUUUUUGAAAGCCAGACUCUAGAGGACGCACUUAACGCUCUCAACCUCCGCUAGGGGCAUCCUUGUUCUUUUUGUGCUUUAAUCUCCAGAGUCAAUUAAAAAUUCAUUGGGCAAAUGCUGCGAGUUGACUGAUUUACUUAGUUUUGUCAGUUACUUGUUUAACCCCCCCACCCCCAAAAUGCCCAAAUGCAGGGUGGCGGACUUUUUACAGUUUUUUUCCCCUAUUUUUCGAUGCAAUUGUUAUGAGAAAAAUAUCAAAUGCAUGAAUAGAUACAUCCAACUGUUAUCCUUACUUCAAUGCAUUCAUUUAUCUUCAAUCUCCCUGGCCCACUGGAUAAUUGAAGUACAAAGCCACCCUGGACGCUUCUACAAUCAAUUCAAAACAAUGCAUGUGUUUGAAGUAAUCAGAAAACAACACUCGAUUCUUGAAAUCUGAUGAAACGAGAGCACGUGAGAGAGUGUAUAUGUGGAGAUUAAAAAUAGAAGCCUUUUGUUUGGACCAAGUCAAUGACAAUGGUGAUAAAAAGAUCAGCAGCUACCAAGUUGAGGAAUCUUCUGGCCUUAUCUGGAGCCGGGACGGUCGUGUUCACGGGAAUCUGCGUUUACAAGGAGAACGCCAAGUUCUAUUCAAGCGUCAUCAUGCCCACAAUGCACAAGAUUUUGGAGCCCGAGACCGCCCAUAACUUGGCAGUUACCACCCUGGAACGAAGACUGCUGCCUAAAUCGAAGUUUAAGGACCCAGAAAAUUUGAGCGUCAAUGUGUUUGGCCUUAAGUUCUCUAAUCCGGUGGGUAUUGCUGCUGGAUUUGAUAAAGACGCCAGAGCUGCGUGUGGAUUGUGGGAUAUCGGUUUUGGAUUUGUGGAGGUGGGAUCGGUAACUCCUCGACCUCAGCCGGGAAAUGAUCAGCCCCGACUUUUCCGUUUGUCAGAGGACCAAGGCGUCAUCAACAGAUUUGGCUUCAAUAGUGAGGGCCACGAUGUCGUUUUAGCCCGGGUUAAGGCCAUCAAAGCUGCCAAUCCCAAGGCCAUUUUGGGCGUCAAUUUGGGAAAGAAUAGGACUUCACCGGAUGCUGCUCAAGACUACGCCCAAGGAGUCAAAGUUUUUGGCCCUUUGGCGGAUUAUCUUGUCAUCAACGUGUCAAGCCCUAACACCCCGGGUCUACGAUCACUGCAAGGCCGAGAGGAGUUGAAAAAGAUAAUUGGAACAGCCUUAGAAGCCAGAAGCCAAAUGACCCGAAAAGUUCCUAUUUUGUUGAAAGUUGCACCGGAUCUCUCCGAAGACGACAGGGAGGACAUCGCCCUAGUGGUUAAUACGAAAGAGUGGCAAAUCGAUGGUCUCAUUGUCAGCAACACAACCACUUCUCGUCCGAAAAAUCUUGAGAGCAAAUGGCAAGCGGAAAGCGGUGGCUUGAGUGGGAGACCUUUGCGUGAGAAAUCCACUCAGACUAUUCGCGAGUUCUACAAGCUAACACAAGGAAAGAUUCCGAUUAUUGGCGUGGGCGGUAUCUUUAACGGGUCAGAUGCUAUUGAGAAGAUGCAAGCCGGAGCCAGUUUGAUACAGAUUUACUCAGCCAUGGCGUUCGAAGGCCCCCCCGUCGUGACCACCAUCAAGGCCGAACUGUCCCGAGCCAUGGCGCACAACCAAGUGGAUUCUCUCGUCGAGCUAAUAGGAAGUGAUCAUAGAAUGCAAUAAACACAUUAUAUACCUUA